AUUCCGGGCCCGUUGUGGCGUUGCUUCCAGGAAAUGUGGUCCCAGGUUGUCUGAGACUGCUGCUGAAAAAUUAAAGAACCGGUACGUGUUGAUGAGAAGCGGAACUCGCGACGCAGAGAGGGAAUCAAACAAGAGAAGUAGCAUUCCAAUUACUGUCCGACAACUUGAAGCAAUUAUCAGGAUAUCAGAGUCACUUGCCAAGAUGCAGCUACUUCCAUUUGCAACUGACGCACACGUUGAUGAGGCACUGAGACUGUUCCAAGUAUCAACACUUGAGGCUGCCAGAUCGGGAAGCCUCUCCGGUGCUGAAGGACUCACUCCUGAAGAGGACGUCGAAGAAGUAAGGAGGAUCGAGCAACAGCUUAAAAGGCGUUUUGCUAUUGGCUCACAGGUGUCUGAGCAGCGUAUCAUUCAAGAUUUUGUUCGUCAGAAACACUCAGAAAGGGCGGUCCAGAUGGUGAUUCAUGUUAUGCUGCGGAGGGGUGAACUAGAGCAUCGUUUUCAACGUAAAGUCUUGUACAGGGUACGAUAAAACUUCAUCUUUUGAAGAUAUUCCCAACGAAUUUGUGUUUGGGCCUUUCUAAAAAGCAGCCGAUACAGGAAAACUGUUGUAGUAUUAAGCAGAAAUUAACACAGUUGUUCAAUCUAAUAAGAUAAUUAUUAAGAUACAAUUAAUUGGAAUUCUUCCACCUGCUGUUGAUUUUUUAAUGUAUCUCCCUGGCACCAUUGAAAUCGGUUUCUAUUUUCUUUUGAUGUAAAAGCUAUUGAGCAUUUUAGGCCUAGGUAAGAGGUCAUGUUCCUGCCAGGUCGAAUUAAAUUAAUGGUUAAAAAGUGGUCAAAUUUGACGCAAAUGCGGUAAAAUUCGACUCUGGAUUUAAAGGUCGAAUUUGAAGAGGCACCAACGCAAAAAUUUGACCCCUGAAAAUUGCAAAAAGUUCUGGAAGUGGGGACAAAAGUUCUCCCAAAAGGUUGAUUUACAUGCUUUGUAUCACAUACAUGUUGCGAAAAACAAGCGAGAGAAACUAGUACGAUUAUAUUUUUGGUAACCUAGCCCUCGGUUGACAGGGAUUUUUCGGCACAAGGCAAGCUUCUGCCUAGAAGUAAUCGUUCAAAAUUGAUUUGUUUUCAAUUUUCAGCGAGCGUGACGAUCGAUAAUCACACGAUCGCUCAAAUCCACCGGUAUCGGCCUCCAGACGACCCGCAUUUGCAGGCAGUUUCUCCCCUAAUUUAGACCCCCUUUCUGUAUUCCAGAAACAUUGAGGAUUUUUGUGAUAGUCUCCGUUGUUCAUAUAACACACUAGAACGGCGAAAAUAUUUUUUGGCGAUGCCAAUUUUUUUCCGCUGAUGCUUGAUUACGUCGCAUCAAAUUUAAAAGUGGUGCCAAAUAUCUGUACGCUUGCGCUACAUUUCUGGUGUUUUGGCGGGCUUUUUCCAAAUUUAUUGAAACUGCGAUCAAGUUUAUGACGGUUCUUGUGAAUUUUUAUGGCGAGAAAAGGUUGUAACUAACAUCGGUUUUGAAAAAGAAUGCCGGCCCUGUCCACACGUAUCUGGAAAUUCGUGAAAACGCAAACGCAAAUUUUUUUUUCUACGAAUACUUCCUGCGUCCACACGUAUGCAGCGUAUUUUAUGGCCGUAUCCGGAAAUUUUUGGAAACGGUC